GGAGGAAAGGUUCUAGUCACAGUCGAAGUUCCUGAGACACACCAUCAUGACUACAAAGCUGUGUUUCCUCCUGGGGGUGGUGGUGGUGCUGGCCGCGGCAGACAAAAGACCUCCACCAGUUUACUCUUACCAAGCUCCUGAGGAGAGCGAGGAGUCCUACGAAUCCUACGAAUCCUACGAGUCCAAGGAGGCCAAGUACGACUUUAACUACGCCGUGAAGGACGAGUACUCCGGCAACGACUUCGGCCACCAGGAGUCCCGCGACGGAGACCACACCCAGGGGUCCUACUACGUGCAGCUCCCCGACGGCCGCCUGCAGAGGGUGACUUACUACGUGGACGGCGACUCAGGCUACAUCGCUGAGGUCACCUACGAGGGCGAGGCGCACUACCCCUGAGUCUGAGGAGUCCAGGGAGUCCUACGGCCCACCCAGACCUACUUAUUCCCCACCCAAGCCUCGCCCUACCUAUGCUACACCCCAGCCUACCUAUUCUCCACCCAGACCCCAGCCUACCUAUGCUCCUCCCAAGCCACAGCCUACCUACGCUCCACCCCAGCAAGCUUAUGCUCCUCCCCAGCCUACCUAUGCGCCGCCUAGAAGAACCUAUAACUUUCAGUAAGGCAGGCCAUUCGUGACUUCUCUUAACCUUCCCUUCUGCGCCUCCGUCACAAGCACCUCUCUCCUCCUGCUGACCUGCUGAUGUUAUUUUACCUGUGAUCGCCUCUACCUGUCCACUACACCUGUUUCCAACGCCCCCCCCUCCCCCACUCCAGCAUCCUCACCUCCCCCAACACAGUGCAGUAGUCUUAAGUGUUAUAUUAUUUUUUUUACGACUGUCUUUUGAUACGAGUUUAAUAUUAUGAUUUUGUAUUAUUCUUAAGUAAUUUAGGGAGUGCAUUUUUACAAACCAAAUGUGU